CUCUUUCUCAGGAUUGGCCGCUUGUCGCUUUGUCGGUAAACCCAUUUAGAGAUUAACAUUCCUUCUUGUUUCUCUAAAGCUUAUCAUUUGUCAAGAAGAGAUGGACGUUGGGACGCUCCUUGGUUAUUUCACUAUACAACUUCAACUUGUAGUCACGCUACAGUGCGAGCCCUUACGACGUUCGUUCAGUAAGUCUAUCCCAGGCCAUUUACUGUCUGGGGCAAACGUCAUAAGCACCGUUACCACGACAAACGAACCUAAUUGCCAGUAUGCUGCUACACAAUUGCAGAAUGAUUAAUUAUCACGUGGCCAAUCGCACCUGUCAACUGCUUAACAGGGGCACAGAUCACGUGAGAAUGGCGGCGAAGGUGGACUGGUCCAUGCGAGCUGUCGAGUGUGCUAAGCCUGUGCUCUGUCAAAACACCUAUUUGUUCUGUGUUGGUAUCCCCGAUGAGCAAAGUCAACAAUGUGUCUGCUCCCCGGAUUACGCCGGAAGGCGUUGCGAAAUCCGGUGUGACACUCCUUUGGGUAUGAGUGACUACCGAAUUCCUGACUCCAGUCUGGCCGCUAGCUCUUCCUGGAACUCUAAGCUUUCUCCUCCAUGUGGAAGGCUUCGGCGCGGUUGGGACGACAAGUGUAUAGGGGGCUGGCACUCUGCAUCUCCAUUCCGAGUGAACCAGUUCCUUCAGGUCGACCUAGGCUUCUCAGGGCUUCAAUCUGGUCUAGGCAACUUGACACUCAUCAGAAAGGUGGCAACCCAAGGCCGUGCUGGUGACCCCUCGCAAAUUACAAAGCAAUUUGUGACCUCAUACGGAUUGGACUACAGCUUGGAUGGAACAAACUGGGAAAGCUACAAAGAGAACGGAGCUGUGAAGAUUUUUCCUGGAAAUUCCAACUCGGAUGGCAUAGUUACACACACAUUGGCCGAGCGACUCGUCACACGUUACGUCCGGUUCAUGGUGAAGACUUGGAACGGUGCCAUUGUAAUGAGGGUGGAGCUGUAUGGAUCUGCUAGCUGCGUGUAGUUCAACUUUAAAUAUGACUUAGAUUUGGGUCCCCCCCCGUAUUUCAAACACACAGAUCUGCAGUCCCUGAUUUCUAAUACCGCAAUAAGCUUGUCUGUCACCUUGACGUAGCAGUAACGCAAUCAUUGUGAGGUAACAAUAACGCAUUUGUAAUCAUGAAGUAACGGUAACGCAAUUGUUAUCUUGACGUUUGAGGGCCGUUAGUUGGAAAACUUUCACGGAUAUAAUGUAACCCUCUAUAAAUAUAGGUAACGCUUGUCAUCGUGACGUAACGGUAACGCAAUUCAGGGUUUUUUGGUCAGCAAAAUCCAAGCAUAAUGUAUAUUCAUCUCUUUAGAUCAUUCACGAAUCCUGCAACCAUAUCCCAUGAAUGAAGCCAUUCUUAACAAGACUAUGUAUUUUUUUCUAAUUCCCAUAAAAUAACUUCAUCUGCCUGGGCUUAUAUGUUCACAAACCAAUAGAGCUUGUUUUAAAAUUUCAUAAUUUCGACAAUCGUACUUAUUUACAAAGUUUAUUACUAUUCUUAUCAUAAUCACCAUUAUAAAUAUUAACCACAUGUCCAACUCUUAUGAAUCUUGAGAUCGUAGCUCUCAGACAAUCACUUCUUUUUCCCUCUUUUUGGAUCUUUUAGCUGCUGUCCGGCUACCGCCACGCACGCGAAAGAACAGGUCAUUUGUUAUAAUAAAAGUUGUGUCAAUAAAUAAAAUCAGUUGAACUUGAA